AUGGGGAUAGUAUUCAGUUCGUCGGCAGGGGCCAGAAUUAUGUUUUGCUUCCACUUAGAAUAUAAAGCAACUAAUAAUGAAGCCGAAUAUGAAGAGGUGGUACAAUCUUUGAGAAUCGCGAUAGAAAUGGGAUUGGACGACGUAAGCAUUACCAGCGAUUCACAGCUGGUAGUUCGCAAAAUUGAGGGAAGGUAUAAUGUGGUUGAUCCAGUGAUGCAAAAGUACUUACAACUCGUGAAAGAGUAUUCUGCCGAGAUAAGAAGCAUAAUCUGGAGGAACAUAGGCCGAGCCAAUAACAGACACACAAAUGAUAUUGCCUUUAUAGCUUCAAUGAUUGAAGAUCCGAAAAUUGGACAUAUCCAGAUCGAGCGGUUGAUGCAGCCAUCAGUAAGUAAGGAAGAGAAUGAACUCAGGGUUAUGAUCAUUGAAGAAGGAGAUAUGGAGAUAGACGAUCAACGAUUGUCGAGCCCCUAUCUACAACUAUUUGAAUAA